AAUAGAAAGAGAUAGAGACAAAGAAUAGAGUAUUACUUUGCUCUAGAUUUCUUAGUCUCUUCUCUUUCAAAGUUUAUCCAUUGACUGGUUUUUGUAAAAUUUUGUAUAUAUAAGGAAGUGCAUAAGCAGAAAAAAAGAAUCAGACAGAAUUAUCUUUGAUUCAUUUUUAAAUUUUGGAAUUUUGAGGGAUCAACUUAGUUAGAAAAGAAAGUAAAAAUGACAAGUGGUGAUAUGAAUAAUUCUAAAAUCACAAUUUAUGUGGUCUCUUGUUGGAUUUUUGCUGCUUUUGGUGGACUCAUGUUUGGUUAUGAUAUUGGUAUUUCAGGAGGAGUUUCUGGGAUGGAUGAUUUCUUGAUAAAGUUCUUUCCAAAAGUGUACGAAAGAAAGAAAACUGCCAAAGAGAAUAACUACUGCAAAUAUGAUGAUCAACUUCUCCAGCUCUUCACUUCAUCCCUGUACUUAUCGGCUCUUGUUGCGAGCUUCUUCGCUUCAAAAGCUGCCACUAAACUAGGGAGAAAACCUACCAUUUUCAUGUCUUCAGUCUUUUUCAUAAGUGGAGCUGUCUUGAGCGCUGCCGCGAAUAACAAGUUGAUGCUCAUUUUUGGUAGAAUUUUGUUUGGUAUUGGUGUUGGCUUCGGCAAUGAGACUGUUCCGCUGUUUUUGACUGAAGUAGCACCAAUCCAACACAGAGGAGCUGUGAAUAUUCUCUUCCAACUGUUUGUGACAAUAGGAAUAUUCAUUGCAAAUCUUGUUAACUAUGCAACCUCAAUGAUUCAUCCAAAUGGUUGGAGAGUUUCACUCGGCUUUGCAGCUGCGCCCGCAAUAGUUCUACUUAUUGGUAGUUUUGUGAUCACUGACACCCCCACGAGUCUGGCUGAACGUGGAAAAGUGGAACAGGGCAAGGCCGCGCUCAAGAAGAUUAGGGGUGUCAGUGAUGUUGAGGCCGAGUACAAAGAAAUCGUGGCAGCGUGUGAACAAGCCAAGAAAGUUAAGCAUCCAUUCAGGAACUUAGCAAAGGCCACGAGUAUUCCACCACUUGUGAUUGCUAUCUUGUUGCAGAUCUUCCAGCAAUUCACAGGAAUCAACGCCAUUAUGUUUUAUGCGCCUGUCCUGUUCCAGACUAUGGGUUUCAAGUCCGAUGGCUCCCUUCUGUCCGCUGUUAUUACUGGACUUGUUAACGUUGGAAGCACAUUUGUUUCCAUCUACCUUGUUGACAAGGUUGGAAGGAGAAAAUUGCUCCUCCAAGCUUGUUGCCAAAUGUUAAUCUCUCAGUUGGCGAUUGGAGUUAUUUUGGUAACACAUUUGGAGAAGACAGGAACACUGGACAAGAAACUGGCAGCAGUAGUGGUGCUUCUCGUGUGUACAUAUGUAAUGUCGUUCGCAUGGUCAUGGGGACCUCUCGGUUGGUUAAUCCCAAGUGAGACAUUUCCAUUGGAAACAAGGACAGCUGGUUACGCGUUCGCUGUCAGCACAAACAUGCUCUUCACAUCCCUCAUUGCACAAGCUUUCUUGACUAUGCUAUGCACUAUGCAGGCCUACAUUUUCUUCUUCUUCUCCGGUUGGAUUGUUGUCAUGGGACUUUUCGUCAUCUUCUUCUUGCCUGAGACGAAGGGAGUCCCUAUCGAUUCCAUGGUCGAAAGAGUCUGGAUGCAGCACCCUGUUUGGAAGAAACUCUUCUAAAAUGCAUUAGUUUUUGUUGUCAAAAGUUUGUUAGCUUCUUAUAAUUAGUUCUCUUACUUAUCUGCCUGUCCUUUUAUCAAAUUUUGACUCCUAGUCUUGAAUGCUGAAAAUGGUUAGUUUUCUUUA